CCUUUUCUUCCCUGCUCAAACUCUUUUCAUGCACCUCCUUCAGAACUGCAGAGCGCGGAGAAAUCUGACUCCUCUUUGGAGCUGCAGUGUGAAAACACGGACUCUUAUUUUGAAAGGAAUCAUGGGGCAGAUGGACAGAGGAGGGGCCGUUUCCUGAGAGUUAUUUACUUUGAGCUAGAUGAUUAGUUCUCUGGGAAGGAUGGACUGUAACAUUGAAUCAAUUACAGGUUGCUGUUGCAGAGGCGCAUUUGUGUGAGUGGCUGUGGAGCAGGACGGAGGAGCGCAGCACAAGGAAGAGGAUUAGGCUACUACUGCUUUACAACUGAGGACCCUUAGGCUGAUUAGAGUAUUUUACCAAGAGCUUUGCCAUUCAUUUUGGCUGUUCUUUUAUCAAAGGGAACAACCAAAAGGGAUUAAAAAGCUGAGCAAGAUCUAAGUGAACAUGGGGUUCGUGGAGACACAUCUCGUUUUUGGGAUUGUCUUACUAGGGAUAUUUUUAGAUGUUUCAAAACCGUUUCCAGUAAUUAAUUCAGAUCAAAAGGAAUUUAUUCUCACACCUCAUUCUGAGUUCACCAUCACUUGCUCCGGAGAGAGGACAGUGACAUGGGUCGAGCCUUUACCACCCAACAGUGAAGUGCAGUCCGGAUUUAAUCACAGUACUUUGAUGAUCGCUGAUGCUGAUGCCUCUAACACAGGAUACUACACCUGCAGUUAUGAGGAUCAACCUGAAAAAGACACUGAUAUCUACAUUUUUGUUCAAGAUCCUGAGGUUCCAUUCGUGUCUGAAUCUGCUGUUGAGACAGAUGAGAUGGGCACAACUAUCCCCUGCCGCGCUACAAACCCACAUUCUCAAGUGAUUCUCAGAAACCUGCAGAGUGGGGUUGAAGUUUCUGUGCUUUACGACCACAAACUCGGCUUUUUCGGUGUAAUAACACCUGGUCACUAUGUUUGCGAGACGAGUGUGAAUGGCAAAGCGGUGCAGAGCAUCGUUUAUAACGUGACAAAUGACAUGGAUGAUGAUGAUGAUGGUGAUGUUGAUGAAGAGAAGAGCUUCUACAUAAAGCUGAGUGCCAGUAUGGAGGAUGUGAAAGAGGGGGAUGCUGUCAAUCUGACCUGUGAGACGUCUCCUGGGAAGGCUUUCCACCAGCAGUGGCUGCAUCCCCAAAAACAGGCCGGAAAUGCUGUUUCAAUGAAAGUUAACUUUCCCGGACAAGGUCAGUACAUCCUCAACAUCCCGAAAGCCUCUGUGGCAGACACUGGACUCUAUGAGUGUGCUGUUACCAACCAGCUCACUGAUCAAACCAAGUCUCUCAGCCUGGGAAUCACAGUCCACGAGAGCUCUUUUGUGGAAGUAAUAUCUAAUGGCAUUGGGCCAGUGGAGGUUGUGUCGCUUCUGGAGGAAAAAGAGUUCACUAUUUACAUUGAUGCUGACCCUGAGCCAAAGGUCAGGUGGUUUAAAGAUGACCUUCCGCUGGAUGACAGCUACAUCUCCACCAAGACCACUCAUCUACAAGGCCUCAGGUAUGAGAAUAUUCUGGUUCUCCGUCACCCCAUAGAGGAAGACAGUGGCGUCUAUGAGAUUGUUGCAUCCACUGGUUCCAUGACUUCAAGAUUUUCUUUCAAACUGCUUGUUGAAGCUAUGUACCCAGAGCUGCUACAGUCAGUGCUGGCUCCUGUCAUGUGGCCCCAGAGGGACAGCAUGGAGGUGUCUCUCCACUCCACUUUCCGACUCACGUGUCGCGGUCAGGCCGAGCUCUCCUGGCACGGCCCUGUUUAUCUCCACGAUCAGUUCGACUCGGAAAAAAAAGGACUCUUCAUCUCUACUGUGACUGUUGGCAAUGCGACGGCCGCCCAUACAGGAAAAUACAUCUGCUACUAUGACUCAAGCAAUAACACUGAGGAGAGCUCCAUCUAUAUUUAUGUGCCAGAUCCAGAAACGCCAUUUGUGCAGUCCAUGAUCCCUUUUGAAAACCAUGUGCUGACGAGUCAUGAUGAAAUGGAGAUUCCCUGCCGUGUGACGGACCCCAGUGCCGAAGUCUCCCUGAUUCACAUCGAGUCCAAUCAGGUUCUGCCCAGCGUCUAUGACAGCACGAGAGGAUUCACUGGCCUCUUCAGCUCUGGGACGUAUGUCUGCAGGGCCCUCACUAACGGACAGAUGCAUGACAGCAUAGAGUACAUUGUUCAUGGCUGGACAGGUGAGAAUGAACUUGAUUCAUUCAUGUGGAUGGCAU